AUGCCGACCACUGACAUCAUUGCUGUGCCCGUGGCGGCAGGGAGCAAUAUAGCCCAGCUGCUCAAGUCGUACCGCGACAAGAUCUCUCGACUGGCAGGAUUCCAGGCUUGUGAAUAUGGGCUGUCGGUCGAGCAUCCAGAUCUACUAGAGGUUUUCAACACAUGGGAUAGCCUAUCGCAUAUUGAGGCUUCUGAGCAAGAACCGGACAAUUCAGCGGCAGCAGCAAUCAAUGAGAUCAUCACUGCCGAGCCCUUUUACCCAAGCGCUCAAAGGAUCAACUUUGAACCGGCCGAGGGGCUUCUCAAGGCCCUGGGUGCGCCGGUGACGGAAAUUGCGACGUUCUACUUCGAGGGAACUCCGUCCGACGAGUACUUGGCCGGUGUGUGCGUGUUUCAAAGUGCUGUCAAGGCAGAGGUCGAUUCAGGGCCACUUGCUUCGGCGGCAGGCAUGACACAUGCCGAGGUCGAGCGUGACGGAGUGAAAGGGAAAGCUGUCAAGUUGGUCAUCGGAUGGGAAUCGGUUGAAAGGCACAACGAGUUCCGGAAGACGAAGGCGUACAAGGAGAACAUUGCAUUGCUGGCGAAGGGACCGAACAAGAUUGAGAUGCACCAUGUCGCGUUUCAGCAUUAG